GAUGUCCAUGUCCACCAUUGGCACGCACGCAUGAUUGCUUGCUGCUCAUACAUACAGCUCUCUCUCUCUAUAUGUAGCUGCAACCUGCAAGAGAACCACUGCAGUUGCAGUUGCAGAGACAGUUCCCACUCCGCCUCCCUCUAGUCAUCCGCAACGCAUAGCCGCGCGCCUGAGAAGAAAACGUAACCAAUCGCUGAACCGUGCCAAUGGCUCCGGCGGCGCGCGCACCAUCCGAGUUCAGCCGCGUGUUCUCGGCGCUGGACCGCGACGGCGACGGCAAGCUGUCGGCGGCCGAGCUGCGGGCGUGCAUGAGGGCGGCGCUGGGCGAGGACGUGUCGGCGGAGGAGGCGGACCGCCUGGUGGCGUCGGCGGAUGGCGACGGCGACGGGCUGCUGAGCCAGGAGGAGCUGCUGGCGCUGGCGGGGACAACGGCGGCGGAGGAGGAGGAGGAGGAGGAGCGACGGCGGGGGCUGAGGGAGGCGUUCCGGAUGUACGCCGUGGAAGGGCAGGGCUGCAUCACGCCGCUGAGCCUGAAGCGGAUGCUCGCCAGGCUCGGCUCCCACCAGGACGUUGCCGAGUGCACGGCCAUGAUCUGCAGGUUCGACCUCGACGGCGACGGCGUGCUCAGCUUCGAGGAAUUCAGGGUCAUGAUGGAUGCAUAGCUAACGGAUUGUGUUGUGUGAAUACGUGUGAUUAUUUACUUGCUGCUUGUUUUUGCCUGUCGUCCGAAUUCAAACGUCAAUUAAUUACUACUAGUUUGUUUCUGUGUCAGAUUCAUCUAUGUGACUUGCAUUGCUCAAACGUAUUUACAUCACAUUUAAACA